UGUUGGCAAGAAAACUUUGGAAUAUUCUGAGACUCUGAAACAACUAAAUCUUCAAAUAUGGAGAGAUUUGGUGAUAAGACGUUGGAAGAGUGCCUUGAAUCAAGUUUGAUAGAUUAUUUGUUAAAAACAAAGACCGGAUCAAUGACUGCAGUGAGACGAAACGUACUACAAAUGAUAAUCUUUUUAUUUGGAAAAGAGACAACAGGAGAAUAUGGAUUUAUAUAUUCGCACAAAGAAGACAUUGCUGUGCAACAGAAGAGAUACAUAAUUUUCUCCUAUCUUUUCCUGGAGGCUUUAAUGAAAACCGGGAUUUCAGACAAGGCCAUUGUAACACACAACAAUCUGUGGUCUCAACAUCUGCAGCACCUGGCCAAUUGUGGAAACGAAAAGGCAGCAAAACAAUAUAUAAGAAUUUUGGAGGACAGGGAAGAGACUGACUUCAAUAUUAAAAGAUUCCAACAUCAGUUGAAAACCAUGAAUUUGGCAACAGGAGAAGAUGAUGAAAAGACGGAAAAGGGGGAGAUGAAAAUUAUCAAAUUUCGGUGUAGGAGACCAAACCUCUGCGAGAGAAUUGCAAUGAAGCUGAAAAAAUUGUUUUAAAAUUAAUGUGACUCUCAAGACUUUUUACCACGAAGUUUCAAAACCUCAACUAAGAAUCCAGAGAAUCAAGACUACUCAUACCUCAACACCACCAUCGACAUCUUCAUCAUCAUCAUUAACAUUAUCAUCAGCAGCAGCAUCAUCAUAUUUAUUUUUCCUUUUUUAAUCGUUUUUUUCCCCGUAUAAUUUUCUCCUUUGUGUCUUUAUUUUUUUCAUUAUCAUUCAUCUACUUAAAUUUUU